UUCUAUAAUGACUUAUUAUAAAACGUAUAUUGGGUCUUUACUUACAUCAUUGAAAAGAAUAUUUAUGAGCUUCUUCGAAAUAUGCAUAAUUGUUUUAAUAUUAUGACAAUUCAAAAACCUGGAAUAUAGCGACUAGCAAUUAUGUAWAGUUAAAAUGUACAAAAUAUUUUAAAACAAAAAAUGUAAAAGAAGUUGGAUAUACACACCACUGCAAAAUGUGUACAGUUUCAUAUUAACACAGAUUCAGUUGUCUGUAUUCUGUCAUUCCAAAAAAAACGAAUUUAAAUAAAAUACAUUCUUAACUCUUAAGUAGCGGGGCAGCAAUUUCCUAAUAAUUAUGAAUUAUGCUUCUGGCUGACAUAAAAUAAUAACUACCUAGGUACUAAGGUAUAGCAUGGACUACUGGUAUCUACAACCUACCGCUAUAUAAACUUGUUAAUUUUAAUAUUUUCACUAUGACUGAUAAUUCUUUUGAACUGCCAUGGAGCGCUGACAAUCCAYUGCACUUUGGAAACAUUCCGGAAAAUCCAGUCAUCGAUGAGAUCAUCUGUCAAUUGGAAAAUUUUUUACGGCAAAGAGAAAAACUCAGUUGUCCUACUGAUGAAAUAGACACUAGAAUAUUAUCAGUCAUUCGAUAUGCUAUGGAUAGCGUUAAGAGUUUAAUGGAACAAAACUUAGCGUCGUUAACAGACAUUCAAAAACAGUUUUUAAUUAACAAAUGUAGGUUGUUCAUAAAAGAUGCAAUCAAAAUUGUUGAGAAAACCUUGAAAAUACAAUCCACCUAAGUUACAGUUAAAAUCAAAUAAAUAUUUAUAUACAUAAAACAAUCACUAUAUUGACUUCUAUAGAAUUAUUAUUUUUAAUUGUAAAUUGAUCAACUCACACUACUUUCACCAGGGCCGUAGAAACGGGGAGGGUUUAGAGGUUCAAGCCCCCCAUUAACAAAGCAGAAAAUGUAAAAAUGUCUAGGAUA